AUGCCACACCACAAGAACCUCGCCAUUCAUCCCGCCUCCUUCAGAUCCUCACAUCUCUCCAUUCCACCCUCGCCGUUCUCUCCUCGCAGCCCUCUCACACCAGUACCCAGACCUAAAAAACACGGCCAUGCUACCGGAAUCAAUACUACAGCCAUCUCGACUCAACCACCGGCUCCAAACUCGCCACUGCAGUGGGUGUGGACAUGCCACGCCUGCACGCGCGCAUAUCCACUCGGCGCCACACGGCGAUGUCUAGACGACGGCCACCACUUCUGCGCGGGGACGACAACCGCGAAGAGCUGGCGCAAAGACGGAUCCAGGAAGCAGGUGAGGCGACGCCGAGCAUGCAGCAGCGAAUUCGACUAUCUCGGCUGGAAAGACUGGGGAAGAUGGCGACGAAGCCAGCCCGCAAGACGCUCCGUUGGCAGGCCCAUCCAACCGCUCAUCCUCGACACCGGCGAUGAAAAAGAGAAGAAUUGCUGGAGGAACUGCGACUUCCCCUCCCAAUGCCGCUGGGGCAAGCAAGCAGGCAUCCACACGCCAACACCGACACGCGUCGAAUUCCCCGCCUCAGCCCCCAGCAGCGAAACAUGGGCGUGUUCAGCGCCCAUGACCGACAUGCCAACGCUGGCCGACUGUUUCGCAGCCGAAGACAACGCGUCGAACGCAGAACACCGCACAGGCACAGGCACAGACGCAGACGCAGACGCAGACGCAGGCGCACUGGGCCGCUUACUACGAAUCAGCUUCAAGCAGCGGAAGAGAAGCGGCCUCACGCCCUCAUCGCCUGUGUGCAUUUCCACUGCCGACGAGGCCGUGGAUAUCGAGAUGUGUGCCAUCGACACCACGGCGCCCAUACCGGAGCCCCACGGAUCUUGUAUUGAUCCGUCGCUCCUCGUCUUGCCAGACCCAGCAUACACAUCCACAUCCACGUCCACGUCCACAUACACAUCCACGUCCACGUCCACAUACACAUACACAUCCACGCCCACGCCCACGUACACGUACACGUACACGUACACAUGUACCCCAUCCCCAACAAACACAUCACUUGCUCCCUCGACAAGGUCCACAGCUCCUCCUUCCCCAUCACCGACGGCGGCCAAACCCUCCACCACCAUCCAGAGAAGCAGAGCCCGCUUCUCCAGCGGCAGGACGGCGUCGCCCCGCCAGACUGUGUUUCCGCCUGUGGCAGAUUGGCAGCGGCGGGCUAAGGACUGCGGGGCUGGCGCGCCGGUGCGGGUCGUGACUCGGGAGCCGCGGUUCGAGAGCGAGGUGGUGGUCGAUGAGGGUUCGGCGCUGGAGAGGGUGGGGAGGUGGACUGAGAGGGUUGUGAAUGUGGGAUGA